AUGUUGUUAUCAACGCUGCUCAGUUCUGUUGCUGUGAUCUUCAUCCUGAAAAUCCUAUAUGACAGAAUCAGGAGCCCCUUGGCCCAUCUUCCUGGCCCCGAAAUCUCGAAAUGGACGGGGAUAGUCACGAUAUUCUACUGGUUCGCCGGAAAGAAACCAAAUUAUGUGCAUUUUCUCCAUCAAAAAUAUGGCCCAGUUGUCCGUGUUGGCUUUGAAGAGGUCGAUAUCUGCGAUAUCGACGCUGUCAAAGUGAUCUACAGAGCCAGAGGAGGUUUUCUCAAAUCAGCACGGUUCUAUCGCACGUUGUCGGCCGUGGAGACUCUGUUUUCCACUACGGAUCCGGCGUUUCAUUCUGCUCAUCGACGUCUCCUUGCAAAUCCUAUCUCGGACUCGUCCCUGACGCGUUUUGAGCCGCUUAUUGCUGAUAGGAUUCGUUUGGCUGUUGAUAAGAUGUCAGACGAGUUCGAGUCUCGUGGUGUUAUCGACGUGUUUAAGUGGUGGUUCUUCAUGGCGACUGAUGUCAUUGGGGAGUUGAGUUUUGGCGAGUCAUUCCGCAUGCUGGAUUCCGGGGAGAAAACUCAAUACAUCGUGGAUCUUCAAAAGCUCGGCUCCAUCUCGCCCAUCCGAACAACAUUCCCUUCGCUCGUGCUACUAGCAUCUCGUCUCCCCCUCCCAAUCUUCCGAAAAAUAUCCGACAUAGGCCAGAGAUUAAAAGGAUAUGCUCAACAAUCAAUCGACCGCUACAAGCGCGUGAUUUCAGAAAGUGACGAUCCAAAACCCACCCUGUUCACAAAGCUGUACAACGCCGGCAAAGAUGGCCUGUCCGACAUCGAAAUUAGAAACGAUGCGCAGGCAUAUAUAGUCGCCGGAAGUGACACAACCGCUAUCACACUGACCUACCUCGUCUACUCGGUUUGCAGGGAUGUGAAUAUCCGCGAGAAACUUGUCGCAGAGGUUGCUUCUCUUCCGGAGGGGUACACUGACAGGGCUCUUCGGGAUUUACCGUACCUCAACCAGGUUAUUGAUGAGACUCUGCGGCUGCAUACUGUAGUUUCUAUAGGUUUACCAAGGGUUGUUCCGAGAGAGGGUGCGAACUUGUCUGGUUAUCAGCUUCCUGGGGGAGUCACUGUUACUACGCAGGCUUACAGUCUUCAUCGCAAGGAAGAUAUAUUUUCUGAACCAUAUAAAUUCAAUCCUGACCGAUGGGAAACCCCCAGUAAACAAAUGAAGGAUGCCUCGAUGCCAUUCGGAGGAGGCUCACGCAUUUGUAUCGGCAUACACCUCGCCCGUAUGGAACUACGUCUGGCAACAGCGCUCUUCUUUCGGACUUUUCCGCAGGCCCACGUAUCUACGAAGGAAGGAAUGGCACAUGAGGACAUGGAGAUGGAGAGCUACUUUCUAAUGUCACCGAAGGGACAUCGCUGCCUUGUGGAAGGGUAG